GUUUCCUCCUCCUCUUCCCCCGCCAGUUUCCUGUCAGGAGGCGGAUGGCAGAAGCAGGGCCCGGCUCGGAGCGGGAGGGACGAGUUGGGGAGGCGCCUUGACUGGAGCGCAGCGGGCUGACGCCUCGCCGGAGAGACAAGACAUUGAGAACAUUAAAAAGGUGAUAAUGCACCAUGGCAAUGGUCCUCAAAAUGCCCAACGCCAGCUCCAAAGGUCCCGCUCCUUCACUGGCAGCGAGGGUGAAGACCAACAGGCGAACCUACCCCAGUCCCCAGCACCUUCGUUUGCUCCUUCAGCAAGCCCAUCAGCACCACAGUCUCCCAGUUACCAAAUCCAGCAGUUUAUAAUGAGCAGAAGCCCAGUCGCUGGGCAGAAUGUGAACAUUACCCUGCAGAAUGUUGGACCGGUUGCGACAGGGAACCAGCAGAUCACACUUACUCCGUUGCCGAUCCCGAGUCCGACCUCCCCGAGUUUCCAGUUCAGCCCUCAGCAAAGGAGAUUUGAGCAUGGGUCCCCCUCCUACAUUCAAGUUACUUCGCCGUUGCCGCCACAGGCUCAGUCUCAGAGCCCCACGCAGCCUAGCUCUAUGCCAGUGCAGUCCAUAUCAAAUGUUCGGGCGGGCACCCCAGGACCUGGCUUGGGGAUGUGCAGCCAGAGCCCGACACGAGGCUUUGUUGAUGCAAGCGUUCUCGUGAGACAGAUUAGUUUGAGCCCUUCAAAUGGCGGGCACUUUGUGUAUCAGGAAGGCUCCGGCAUCACCCAGAUAUCUCAAGGCACCACAGCUCAGGUGCAGCUUUCAUCUUCCGGAGCACCUGCUGCAGUUCGAGAACGUAGGCUGUCGCAGCCCCACUCGCAAACCGGUGGCACCAUACACCACCUUGGACCACAAAGUCCCGUCGCUAGUGGAGCAAAUAUCCAACCUUUACCUAGCCCUGGUCACAUUGCAACAAAUAACCUGCCACCUCAUAUCAGCAACAUCAUCCAAGGCAUGCAGCAACAGCAGCAGGUUCUCCAAGGUCAGCAGUUGAGCAGAUCCCUGGGAUAUGACCGGACGUCUAGUGGGCUGAUAGCUGGGGUUGGAGGAGCUUCUGCUUUUGGAAUGACAUCGCCGCCACCUCCCACAAGCCCUUCCCGGGCCAGCAUGCCACAGGGGCUGACAAGCCUCCCUCUUGCUCCUUCAGUAAGUGCUGUGGUGAAAAAAACAAAGAAACUGGAGGAGAUCCCCCCAGCCACUCAAGAAACCGCUCAGCUGAGAAAGCAAUGUUUGGACCACCACCUCAAGGAAAUGGAGGUGUUGAAAGACGCUUUCAAAGAGUAUUUGAUUGAGUUGUUUUUCCUGCAACACCUGCAUGGAAAUAUGAUGGAUUUUUUAGCUUUCAAGAAGAAGCCUUGUGCGGCGUUGCAAGCAUACCUCAGGCAGAAUGACUUGGAUUUGGAGGAAGAGGAGGAAGAGGAACAAUCUGAGGUUAUCAAUGAUGAGGUAAAGGUUGUGACAGGAAAGGAUGGUCAGACUGGUACUCCUGUUGCUAUAGCAACCCAGCUUCCUCCAAAUGUUUCUGCUGCUUUUUCAUCCCAGCAGCAACCAUUUCAGCAGGCGCAUGCAGGGACUCCAGUAACAGGAACUGUGAAUGCCAUAGAAAUUGAAGCUUUUAAGAGACAACAGGCACUUACAUCAGCAGAUUCGUCUAAGAGACCCCGAAUUGAAGUGGGCCGUCAUGGGAUGGUUUUUCAGCAUCCAGGUGUGACUUCAGGAGUCCCUCUUCAACAACUCAUGCCAACAGCACAAGGUGGAAUGCCUCCCACCCCUCAAGCGGUACAGCUCACUGGGCAGAAGCAGAGCCAGCAACAGUAUGACCCCUCCAAAGGGCCUCCUGUGCAGAAUGCGGCAAGUCUCCACACUCCUCCACCUCAGCUGCCUGGGAGGCUGCAGUCAAGCAAUGUCCCCCUCCCGCCUCUCCCAGCGACCCUGCAGCUUACGCAGCCACCACAGCCGCCGAUCACAGACUCUCUGGCGCAACCUCAGAUUCACGUGAAGGCCCAGCCGCAAAGCGUAUCCGUUGCCGCUGCCGUGCCGCAUGGUCAAGUUCAAGUGCCACUUCAGCAGCAGGUUCAGUCAGCGGCACUUGUACAAGGGCAGAUAACAGCCCAGGUAUCCCAAGCACAAGCUCCAGCACAGCAACAGGCAGUGACCCCAGCGCGACCUUCGGCAGACACCGUCCAAAAUUCCCAGCGUCUUCCAGCAAGCGUGCUUCCUCCUACCUCAUCCAACCUACCAGCAACUGUUUCCAACGUGGCACCACAGACCACUUACCCAACACAAACCAGUCGAACUUCGCCAGCGACAAAUAAAGCAACUUCUCCUAUUGCUUCCAAGCCCCCAGGCUUGGCUGUGACAACAGCACCAAAGAUUCAGAGUCCGGCUCAAAAUACAACAGUUCUAGCACAGGACAGCUCCCAAGAGAAGCUGGCAGAACAAGUUAAGCUGGAAAACCAAGUCCAUCAACGGAUAGCAGAGCUGAGGAAGGAAGGUUUGUGGUCUCUGAGACGGCUGCCCAAACUUCAAGAGGCUCCCCGACCCAAAUCUCAGUGGGAUUAUCUCCUGGAAGAAAUGCAGUGGAUGGCGACAGACUUUGCUCAAGAAAGGAGGUGGAAGAUGGCCACUGCUAAGAAGAUGGUCCGGACUGUGGCUCGAUACCAUGAAGAAAAGAAGCUUAAUGAAGAGAGGGCCAAGAAAGAAGAACAGAACAAGCUGAGGCGCAUUGCUGCGACGAUCGCGAGAGAAAUAGAGUAUUUCUGGUCUAAUAUUGAGCAGGUUGUGGAAAUAAAGCUUCAGAUUGAAUUUCAAGAGAAAAGGAGAAAAGCAUUAAAUUUAAAGCGACGACAUUCCAGGAGAGGUAAAGAUGCAAGACAUUUAGAAGAUAUUCUUAUGGACAAAGAAACAGACGUGGGGCCAUGGACAUCUGGAAGAAAAAGAAAGGCAAGCACUUCAUUGACAGAUGAUGAAGUUGAAGAUGAAGAGGAAACCAUCGAAGAGCAGGAAGCUGAAGAAGGCAAUGUCAAUCAUCAAAUCGAGCUAUCCACUUUGGCAAAGGAAGCUGAACUGUCGUUGGAUGAUUUGGUGAAGAUGUAUGAAGGUGCCUUUGCCGAGAAUUUUCACUGGCCCCAGCCAAAGCUUGAAGAAGAGACUAGUGAAGAAGAGAUGGAAGACCACACAGCUGAAAGGGAGAGUGUCCAGAAGGAAGUUAUCCUGAUCGACUCUCUCCUUAGCAUUGAUCAGUAUAAGGGCGCUGAGAGAGCAGUUCCUACUAAGAAACAUGGGAGGGACAUCGCAGAGGUAGCGGCUGCAGCAGAAGCGCUUUUGCCAAAAGGCAGCGCCCGGAUCACAACUUCGGUUAAAUACAACACUCCUCCCCUCUUGUACGGGUCCCUUCGAGAGUAUCAGAAGAUCGGAUUGGACUGGCUUGCCAAGCUGUACAAGAAGAAUCUCAAUGGCAUUUUGGCAGAUGAAGCCGGGCUUGGCAAAACGGUGCAAGUUAUUGCUUUUUUUGCACAUCUGGCGUGUAAUGAGGGUGACUGGGGCCCUCAUCUCAUUGUUGUUCGGAGUUGUAAUAUACUGAAGUGGGAGCUUGAACUGAAGCGAUGGUGCCCUGGGUUGAAAAUCCUGCUCUACAUUGGCAGCCAGCAAGAACUUCGAACAAAAAGACAGGAGUGGAUGGAACCCAACCGCUUCAAUGUGUGCAUCACAUCCUACAAGCAGCUCUUCAAAGGCCACCAGGCCUUCACAAAGAUGCGGUGGAAGUACCUCAUUGUUGAUGAGAUGCAACAGAUCAAAAACAUGACGGAGAAACACUGGGAAGCACUUUUCAGUCUCCGCAGCCAGCACCGCUUGCUCCUAAUUGAUACACCUUUGCACAACACAUUGAUGGAAUUGUGGACCAUGGUGCACUUCCUGAUUCCAGGAAUCUCCAAACCUUACCUGGAUUUCCCAGUAAAAGCAGCCAAUGAGGAGAAUCAGGAUUACUGCCACAAACUUGUCAUCAGGUUACACCGAAUGAUCCAGCCGUUUAUUUUGCGAAGAUCGAAACGAGAUGUUGAAAAGCAGUUAACCAAAAAAUAUGAGCAUGUGCUUAAGUGUCGGCUUUCAAACAGACAAAAACUGAUGUAUGAAGAUGUCAUUCUGCAGCCAGGAACCCAAGAUGCUCUAAAAAGUGGGCAUUUUGUCAGCGUUCUUCAUGUUCUGAUGCAGCUGCAGAAGAUCUGCAACCAUCCUGAUCUGAUAAACCCUCGGCUCUCCAGUUCCUCCUAUGUCUCAGAGACACUGCAGUAUAGAACUGCUUCGCUGGUCUUAAAAGCACUUGAACGUGACGUUUGGAAGGAUACGGACCUGAGUCUCUUUGAUUUGAUUGGGAUUGAGAAUAAAAUGACUCUGUAUGAGUCACAAGUGCUGCCAAAGCAAAAAGUGACCAGAAAGCUCAUUGAGGAAAUAUACACCUCUCCUCUACCUCCCCCAAGGCCUAAUCCAGUGAAGUUGAAGCCAAGCAGGUUGUUCCAACCCGUUCAAUAUGGCCAGAAGCCUGAAGGCAGAAUUGCGGCUUUCCCCAGUGCUCAAGUGCAACAACGCACAGUGACGACAGCUACGGUGGCUCAACAGGGGCAAGUGCGUGGAAGGUCACCUGUAGCUACAGUGUCUGCAAAUCAAGGUACGAAAGCCUCCGCAGCCGUCUCCUCCGCAGCUCCACAGUUUCAGACAACUCAGUCUUCCAUCAGUGCUCCUCCAAGACAGCAGCCAGCAGUGACCUUCACAGCAGCAACUAGCCCGGCCAAUCCUGCGAAACUGCGGGGUCAGACCACUGUGCAGGCCUUACAGCUAGGCCAGGCCCAGCCACAGGCCCCCCCGCACACCAUCCAACAGAGUGUGCUGCCUCAGAGGCUGGUAUUGACCUCUCAGGCUCAGGCACGGUUGCCUAGUGGCGAAGUGGUAAAGAUAGCCCAGUUGGCAUCCAUUGCAGGAGCACAGGGCAGAAUUGCUCAGCCAGAGACUCCUGUGACGCUGCAGUUUCAGGGGAAUAAAUUUACUUUAUCCCACAGUCAGCUUCGCCAGCUCACUGCAGGACAACCUUUGCAGCUGCAAGGCAGCGUUCUACAAAUUGUGUCAGCUCCUGGGCAGCAGUACUUGCGGCCUCAGGGCCCGGUAGUCAUGCAGACCGUCUCUCCGGCGGGGACUGUUCAAAACGCUCUGAAUGCUUUGGGAAACCAGCAUCCAGCUGGCUUGCCAGCUCCGGCAGUAGCGCAGCAAGUGUGUGUUCUAGGUAGAACAAUGGGUGGUACUAAUUUAGCUUCGGGGGACUCGGCGUCAUCUUUAAAACCCGGCCUUAUUCACGGAGGACACUCACAGGAGUCGUUUGAGGAAAAAAACAGGAUUCUAAAGGAGCGCCUCGACCGGAUCUUUUCUUGCAAUGAGCGCCGCUGUUCCAGAGCACCAGUGUAUGGCCAGGACCUCAUGAGAAUUUGUUCUCUAGUGGGGGACAGAAAGAUGACCCCUCAGUUUUCCGCUGGAGGCAGCAAAUGGAGCUGGGCUGGUUUUGCAAACUGUCUCCUCUCGUCAAAUCCCUCUUGGGACCACAGUGAUCCACUGCAGGGGAUGACACGGACACUGGAGCAGCAGCAGGACUCUCUGAGGGAUGCUGUUAACAGGCUGCUCUGUGUGCUGCCAUCUGCAGUGGCUACUCCUCCAUCUUUGCACAUGGCGAGGCUUCCUCCUUUGUACAGCCAUAGAAUGAAACUACUCAGGCACCAUCUGAAAGAGGCGGCCUCACCUUACUUGAGUCAGCUGCAGCAACUCACCACCCCACAAUUGCUUCAGUUUCCUGAUCUCCGACUUGUUCAGUACGAUGCAGGCAAGCUGGAAGCCCUGGCGGUCUUGCUUCAGAAGUUGAAGUCGGAAGGACGCCGGGUGCUGAUCUUGUCCCAGAUGAUUCUCAUGCUAGACAUCUUGGAGCUCUUCUUGAAUUUCCAUUUCUUCACCUACGUGAGGAUUGAUGAGUGUGCUAAUCAGGAAGAGCGGCAGGAACUGAUGAAGACUUUCAACAGAGACAAGCGCAUCUUCUGUGCAAUUCUUUCUUCACACAGCCGCUCCACGGGUGUCAACCUUGUGGAGGCUGACACCGUUGUGUUUUAUGACAACGAUUUAAAUCCAGUGAUGGAUGCUAAGGCUCAGGAAUGGUGUGACAGAAUUGGCAGAUGCAAAGACAUCCACAUCUACAGGCUUGUCAGUGGAAAUUCAGUAGAAGAGAAGCUCUUAAAAAAUGGCACUAAGGAUUUGAUCCGAGAAGUAGCAGCUCAGGGAAACGACUAUUCUAUGGCCUUUUUAACACAGCAAACGAUUCAGGAACUCUUUGAGGUUCAUUCUCCAAUGGAGGACUCUGGCUUCCGCGUGAAGGCUGAAGAAUUUGUGAUGCUUACACAGGAGCCCUCCCCGGCUGAAACCAUAUCUCCUAAAGUUGCAAGACCUUUUAUAGAGGCUCUCAAAAGUACGGAGCGAGAAGAGGAGGAGGAGUUGAACACAUGCAUUCAGGUCUCAAAGACUGAAUCAGCUUUGGAACCUCUCAUUUCUGAAAUCGGCAAGUCCCAGUAUCUUGAUGAGCCUUCUCAGCUGCAGGAGUUGGUUGCUGUUGUGGAUCAGCUCACCCCAAUUGAAAAGUACGCUUUGAAUUACCUAGAGCUCUUCCAUGUUUCCACUGAUGAUAGUGAACUGAAGGAAAAUGAGAUGGAAGUAAGAACUGCCAAAAAGGUGUGGGAAAAUCAUCACCUGAAGUCGCUGAAAGAACAAGAGGAGAAAAUGCUUUUGGAUGGGGAAGAGGAGGAACUGCUCACCUACACUCGGGAAGAUGCAUAUAACAAAGAAUAUAUUUAUGAAGGCCCAGAUGGACAAACUGAGAUAAUGCCGCUCUGGACUCCCCCAACGCCACCUCAGGAUGACAACGACAUCUAUAUCGACUCCGUCAUGUGCCUGAUGUAUGAGAGCACCCCGAUCCCAGAGUCCAAACUGCCCCCAGUGUAUGUCAGGAAGGAGCGUAAGCGCCACAAAACGGAUCCAUCCGCUGCAGGAAGGAAGAAGAAGCAGCGCCACGGGGAGACGGUUAUCCCUCCCCGGUCGCUCUUUGACCGAGCCACUCUGGGGAUGCUGAAAAUGAAGCGGGAAGGCAAAGAGCAGAAGAAGAACAUCCUUCUGAAGCAGCAGACCCAGUUUGCAAAGCCGCUCCCGACUCUUGUGAAGCCGGCUGCAGAGGCGGGCCAAGACAAUCCCGAGUGGCUCAUCAGCGAGGACUGGGCGCUCCUCCAGGCGGUCAAACAGUUGCUGGAGCUGCCUCUCAACCUUGCAGUCGUGUCCCCGGCUCACACGCCCAACUGGGAUCUCGUCAGCGAUGUAGUGAACUCCUGCAGCCGAGUUUACCGCUCCCCGAAACAGUGUCGCAACCGCUACGAAAACGUCGUCAUUCCGAGAGAAGAAGGGAAGACAAAGAAUAGCCGACCACUUCGAACAAAUCAACUCUAUGCCCAAGAUGAGGGCUCCACGCACACCCAGCUUUACACUAAUCAUUUUGAGAUUAUGAAAAUCAUUGCUGGGAAGAGAAGCCCACCGAUCAAACCCUUGCUUGGUAUGAACCCUUUCCAGAAGAAUCCAAAACACACUUCAGUACUUGCAGAAAGCGGCAUCAACUACGACAAGCCACUUCCUCCCAUUCAAGUUGCAUCUCUCCGAGCAGAGCGUAUCGCAAAGGAGAAGAAGGCUCUGGCUGAGCAGCAACGGGCCCAGCAGCAAGCUGGACCUCAGCAGCAACAGCAGGCCGGCCAGCAACAAACACAGCAAGCGGCGGUACAGCAAGCCCAGCCUCAGCCCCAGGCUCAAGCCCAGGUAGUCCAGCAGCCCCAGGCUGUGGUGCAGACGGCUGUUACCACUGUGGCAAACACUGCAGUGCUGGCUGGCACAAUGAAGACCUCGGUGACUGGGACAAGCAUGCAGACAGCUACAGUGAGCGGGAACGUUAUUGUAAAUACAGUGGCUGGGGUUCCUGGAACAACCUUUCAGCCAAUCAACAAGCGACUGGCUUCUCCCGUGAUACCGGGAUCACUGGCGACCGCAGGAGGAACGGCUACAGCCCAGGUGGUACAUACUCAACAGAGAGCAGCUGCCGCACCUGCUGCAUCUGCAGAACUGGUGACCAUAGCAUCUACCCCAGGGGUCCGAGCAGUGACAUCGGUGACAGCGCCAGCGGUUGUCACUACUAACCUGACCCCGGUCCAGACCCAAGCAAGAUCCUUAGUCACUCAGGUUACGCCAGCUCCAGCAGGUGUGCAGUUGUCGGGGAAGGCUAUCAGCCCGGCUCACUUCCAGCUCCUGCGGCAGCAGCAACAGCAGCAGGCGGCAGCAGGCCAGGUCCAAGUCCCACAGGCCCAGUCGCCAGCCCAGAUUAAAGCUGUGGGGAAGUUAUCCCAGGAGCAGCUCAUCAAGUUACAGAAGCAGAAGAUGCAGAUUCCCCAACAGCAGGCUGCCCAGCAGCAGGCCCAGCCUGGAGCCCAGCAACAGGCCUCUCAGGUUCAAGUGCAGCAGCAGCAGCAGACCCAGCAACUCACGGCUGUUGCAGCACCAAGGCCAGGGGCGGUCCUCACUGGCACCACCGUCACGAACCUCCAGGUUGCUCGCCUUACUCGUGUUCCUGCUUCCCAGCUUCAAGCGCAAGGUCAAAUCCAGGCCCAGGCACCGCAAGCAGCCCAGGUGGCCUUGGCGAAGCCUCCGGUGGUGUCUGUUCCAGCUGCCGUAGUGUCAUCUGCAGGAGUCACCACGCUCCCUGUCACAGUCGCUGGGAUUAGCGUCGCUAUUGGACAACCACAGAAAGCAGCAGGACAGACUGUGGUGGCUCAGCCGCUGAACGUCCAGCAGCUCUUGAAACUCAAGCAGCAUCACCAGGCAGCCCAGCAGCAGAAAGCCAUCCAGCCUCAGGUUGCCCAAGGACAAGCUGCUGUUCAGCAAAAGUUAAAUGCACAGCAAGUCACCGUCCAGGCCCAACAGCAGACAUCACAGCAGCAGAAAGUCUACGCUACGCAGCCGGCCAUUAAGGCACAGUUCCUACCAACGCCGAUUUCUCAGGCCCAGAAACCUGGUGGAGCCCAACAAGUCCAGACCCAAAUACAGGUUGCAAAGCUCCCACAAGUGGUCUCGCAGCAGGCAGCAGUAGCCAAUAUUCAGCAGGUGGUGUCCCAACAGGUUCAAGCUCAGCCGCAGACGGUGACUUUGUCUCAGACGACAGCAGGACAGCAUCAGGUCCAAGUCAUCCCUGCCACCACCGCCACCGCUCAAGUGGUCCCACAGAAACUGGUCCAGCAGCAGGUUGUCACGGCAGCAUCUCCCCAGAUUCAGGCAGCCGGCGUACAGAACCCAUCUCAGGUUCCGGCAUCGUCCGACGGCCAGACUCAGCAAGCGAAAGUGCAAAUGAGGACUCCAGUCAGGAUAAAGGCACCCAACAAACCCAGCUGAGUCCAUGGUGACCUCACAGCAGUGAGCAAAGGAGGACACACUGUUUGUGCUUCCUGCAACCUGGCAAAAGCUGGAGCCUGCAGACCUGUUUGCACAGGAAAAACUUUGCCGGCAGUCCCUUCACCAGAGAGCCUCUCCCCAAAAGCUGCAGGCGCACUUUGUGACUCCGAUCCUGUGUGAAGUUCCCAGGAAGGCCGCAUGUUCAAACCAUACGCCGUGUAAAUAUUUAAAGACCUGGGUCUCUGCUUGUUUUCAUAAGAGAGAUAAGCGAAGAGGUUGCUCUCAAGUACACGUAGAAAUCGGCAUAGUCUUGCAUAUCACCAUCACUGCCAUAGGGAAAUCCCCUUUGAGUGGGUUUCAAAUGACUAAAAGGCAAUGCUCAGUCAGUGGCUGGCAGAGCAAGAGUCCUCUCCACUUGUUUUGAAGUUGAGUUGUGACAAGCCCUUCAUAAGUUGGCUGGGAGUGGGGAUGUGUUGGAAGCUCUCUCCAGAACAUUCAGCCAAUGAAUGUGAAGAUUUGUAAGUAUCUGUAAUUAUGAACCAUAUUUCAGUCUCCAUUUUUGUAAGUCCUUUUUUUUAAAAAAAACAUUUGCUAGCUGUGUGUCAAGUUGUGUGUCCUGUUCCCUUCCCCAACUGUACAGUUUUUUUUAAAGCACUCACCCAUAGGCUUUCACUCUCAUUUUCCCACUUUUAAGGUAAAUAAUAAUCCAGGCGUGUGUCUUGGGGAAAUAAAUACUAUGUGAUAGUAUCUGUGUGUUUAAUUAUUACCCAUUGUUUCUUUUCCUAUCCCACUUAAUUUCUAAAAAGAAAGGUUUCGUUAACAAUUGAUAAGCAAAAAUGGUUCAUUGCCCUUAUUUCUUGCAUGGAGCAGAAUGCUCUGGUAUUUUUUUCACUGUUGGGAUCUGUUUUAAAUGUCUCUGCUUUAUAGGAAGAGGAACUUAAAAAAUUCAGUCUAAAUUCUUUAGUUGUGUAAAGAAUUGGAUCUAAAUGCUUUUAUGCUCUUCUUUUACCAAACGAUAAGAAACAAAAUCUUCAUGCGGGGCAUUUGUGGGUUGCUAAUUUUGCAAAUUUCGCCUGCCUUACUAAUUUUUGAGUUCCUGAGCAACUGUGAAACAAUCAGGGACAGCAGCUUCUGACUCCCUCAAACCCCCCCCCCCAAUUCAUGGCAAAAUAUCUUUGCCAUGUGUUAAAAACUGACACUGCUUCUGGAACCUCAGAUUGUCUGCUGUUUUAGCUACUAUGCUGCACAAUGUGCCAUGAGAACAAAAUGAGAUAUUAUUAAAUGCUAGAAAGAGGACCAUGGUUUGCAGGGAAGUGAUAUAUCUGCAUGCUACACAACUGGGGUCCCAGUUUUGGUGGGGUGGGGGUUCUGCCGUUCUUCUCAGACUACAGAGCCAGCCCAUGACUACAGAGCCUGCCCAAAGCUUGUGGGUCACAGUGGGCUCUGUGCUAAGCUCUUGUGGAUUGUGGCCAACGUAGAUUCCUGUUCUGCAUACAUGAAUUAUUGGACUGCAACUGUUAGAGAGCACAGGCAACGUUUUGAACCUGCAGAGCCCCUAGCCCUUUCAUUUAAAUUCAGUUCCCUCUUGCAACAUACCUGCUUUUCUUGGAACCUCAGUUUUUACAAUUGUCAGUUGUGUGUGUUUGUUUGUUUUGGGUUUUUUUAAUAAAAAAUAAGUGUUUGUACAUAAAAGAAGUAGCGACAGAUCAACCCUCCCUUGAUAGCUUUGUACUAUUACGUUUGUUGGUUUGUGUUUGUGAGAGCUGCUAUUACACAGGCAGCGGAAGAAUUAAAAUGCAAGCUGAAGGCAAUGGCAACACACACAAAAAGAUGGUUGGGAACCACUUGGAAUGUCUCUUGCGUUAGCAGAGGGCUCGCCAACCUGGUACCCUUCAGAUGUUAUGGACUACAACUCCCAUGAGCCCUCACCAGCCGAGUUGGCUGGGAACCACCCAGAAUAUUUCUUGCGUUAGCCUCUUUGGAGAUGAGUGGGUCAUGCAUAGAAGCUGGUUCCUGGUAGAUCAUUGCGCCUAUUUCAUACUGUAUACUGAUGUCCACCCCACCCCCCUCCAAAAAGUGUAGUUAGUUCUGGUUUUACUUCUGAAAAAAAAAGUUUAUAUCUUUAUUAUAUGUAUAAAUGCAGUGGGGUGUAAAUGUAAACAGAAAAGAAAAAGUAAAGGUUUUUCUCCUCCCCACUGCAUUUUUUUUGGCAGCCUCUGUGUUUGGUUUUGAUUGUGUCAGCAGAAGCAAUGUCUAUUUCUACAUACAGUGAAGAUGAAAAUUAGACUCUUCCCCUCUGUCUCUCCCUCCUCUUCCCUCCCUCUCACAAAAAAGUGUGUAAGGAAGCCGGUCUAAUUUGUAAAUAUCUUUAUGAACAUAAAACAUUUGUACUUGACCAGUAGGAUUGUAAGGACUUGUGAUGUAUCCUACCUGAAGGUGUAAUAAAGUGUACAUUUUUAUAA